AUAUAUCUCAAUUUCUCGGUAUUUUAAACUUCAGCCUUCCUUUCCUUGGUCCAUAGUGCAGAAAUCUUGAUUCUUAUUUCCCUUGACCCUUUUCCUAAUGGCAGCACAUGAGUUGAUGAUAGAAUAUAAUAAAAUAUUAAAAUGUCUUGCCAUGGUGCAGUACAAGCUCCUUUGUCCAGAGUACUUUAAGGCCAUUGGUCAACGCAGAUUACAUUUCAUCAUACAACUUGACUUUGCUUUCAAAUCAUGAAUCGUCUUGUGAAACAUCAGCAGGCUUGGAAGCUCCUGUCUGGCCUUCAGUUAUCUUCUCGAAGUUAUACCAAACCUGGAAAAACUCUUUCUCUAUGCAAAGAUGGAAAUGCUUUCGUAUCUCAGAGCACAAGACAAACAUCUAAACGCUCAUCUGGUUUGAAAAGCACAGCUGCAGGAUGUCACCAGAAUUAUCAAAACCCUGCAAAAGGUGGAGUACAUACUGGUGAAACCAAUAGAAACUCGGGCAGUACCUACCAAGGCCUCAUCUGAUGUCAUUGAUGAUGAUAACAUGGAUGAUGAUGAAAUUUUGGAGAAUAUCGAUGUGGAUCAAAUUGUUUUGGAUCAUUACCAGUCAACUCCUCUACCAUCAGUCUCUAGAUUUCCCCAAACUACCCCGCAUACAAAUAAAAGGCAAUUUUUCUGUUGAGGAAACAAAUUUACCUCCAGAAUUGUCCUUAAUGUGCAGUCACAAUCGUUAGCUAGGCAUUUGUCCUGAAGCUUCAAGUCACCUGCAGGCUAUGAAGGAUACUCUAAUAUGUAUAUCAAAUGAUCUUCUUGACAAUGUUGGUGAGAUCAAUUCAGAAAGAAUCCAGGCCCUUCAACAAGAAAGGCAAUUGCUGAGGAAGCAGAUUCAGCAGCUUGAGAAACAUCUCCAAACAACGUUGGUGAACGAGGAAAGGAAAAUGUCUCAUUUUUCUGCUUCCACAGCAUCCCAUAUGUCAUUUCAGCAUGACACUGCUUCAACAAUGCCAUCUAGAAUCGAAACCAGAAGGCUAGAUUCCCAGUUUCAAGCAAACAAUGAGCCAUAUGCAUUUGAUAGAUGGGGCCAAUCGUCUUCAUCAUUUUAUUCUACAGAUGGGUUUGGUUUAUCAAAUGCUCCUGUGGAGAGAGAACCGUAUAUUCCAAAAAUAUUGAGAUAAAUUACAGAGAUGGUUCAACUGGCAAAAAAUGGAGCAGUCGGGAAUUUGCUUGGACAAAGAAACUAGAGCUUCGCAUAGCAUCUGAACUCUCAUUUAAAAAUCCACUAGUGCACUAACUUUUAUCCAUAUUGUUCAGACAAACAACAAAAAAGUGUUUGGCAAUCAUUCUUUCCGUCCAAACCAAAGGGAGGUGAUCAAUGCUACAAUGAGCGGCCACGAUGUUUUUGUAUUAAUGCCAACUGGAGGGGGUAAAAGCUUGACUUAUCAGGUUAUAUUGUUUCUUCUAUAUCACAUCUUUUCUGUUUUUAACUUGUUAUUCAGCUUCCCAAUUAUGCAAUAUGUCUAGAUUAGCAUAUCGUCAUCUACCCUAUUUCUAUAUUUUUCCAGUUUUAGUUCGAGCUGAAUGUUUAAUUUGGACAGGAAAUGUAUUAUAUAUGUUUUCUGAUUGUUCUCUCCUUUUAGAUUUUCUCCUAGUGCCAGUACUUUUAAGUGUAUUUACAAUCCAGACAUUACUGUUUCAAUUUGGAACAAAGAUUCUGUGCCAAUGGUCUCACUUUUUUAUCUAUUAUCAGUAGUUGUUACCAGCAUUAUAUGUAUUUUUAAUGAUUAUUCUUAUUCAAAGCUGAUUAUCUCUACUUGAGCAUGGAAGUGAUAGGGUGGUCUGCUGUAUUCAAGUUACACUAUCCGUAGCAGUAUUUGAUCGCAAGAAUGUAGAUUUAUCAGUUGAUUGACCAAUAAAUACUGUAAUAGCAAGUAAUGUGCUAUUAUUACUUAUGCUGAAGCUUUAUGGUGGUUCCUAGAAAAACAAAACCUAGGCAAUGGAAUAAAAUUGGAAAUAUGUUGCUGUAGUACAUCUCUGGUAUGGUAAUCGAUCAGGUUUCUAGUUUGAGUGCCCUCACAAGUCCCAACUAACCAAAAGAUCUAUGUUAUGAUCUUACCAAUUCUCGUGGUACUGACUUUUACUUUCUGACUUGUUUGUGUUAAUGUUACUUGUGGUUGAAAUUGGAUGUGCUUUGCUAGUGAAUUGGAUUCUUGUUUAUUCAGUACUCUUUGAUGGGCAUUUAACAUUUUGUGAAUCCUGGUUUCCUGUAGCUCCCUGCUCUUAUAUGUCCUGGCAUAACUUUGGUCAUUUCUCCUCCCGUUUCUCUCAUUCAAGACCAAAUAAUGCAUCUACUGCAGGUAAUUUGGAAAUAUGAUAUGUGAUACUUAAAAUUGGACAUUUCUUGUCGACUCUGAUGACUCCAGCCUGGCGUUAUUUCAAUCAAACUGCAUACCAGGCAAAUAUACCUGCUUCUUAUCUGAGUGCCAACAUGGAGUGGACUGAGCAGCAGGAGAUUCUAAGAGAGCUUAGUUCUGAUUAUUGCAAGUACAAGUUGUUAUAUGUCACUCCAGAGAAAGUCGCUAAAUCAUGUCGGAAAACUGCCUGCAGAGACUUUGAGUUUCAAAUUUACAGGAAAAAACUAUGGUGCUUGGGAAUUUCAGUUUAGAAUGUUUCUGAAAGGAAAGGAACUAUGGAACCACAUUGACGGAACAUCUCCUCCUCCUAAAGAAGCUAGGGAACUCAGUCAAUGGGAGAGUAAGGAUGCCAAAAUUAUUUCUUGGAUUCUAGCAUCCAUUGAAAGUCAUAUGGUGAACAGCCUAUGAUCAUUUCGUACAGCUAAACAGAUGUGGGAUUUCUUGAAGCGUGUAUACAAUCAAGAAAAUACUGCUCGGCGAUUUCAACUUGAACUCGACAUCAACAAUUUUGGCCAAGGCAAUCUUUCCAUUGAUCAGUAUUAUUCUGGUUUUAUAAAUCUUUGGAGCGAAUAUUCUGAUAUUCUCUAUUCCAGCGUAUCUACUGAGGCCUUGGCAAGCCUUCAAGAGGUUCAUGAAGUGAGCAAGCGUGAUCAGUUUUUGAUGAAGCUGAGACCAGAAUUUGAGAGCGCCAGGGCAGGUUUAUUGAAUCGAAGUCCAUCACCCACAUUAGAUGUUUGUCUUGGUGAACUACUUCGUGAGGAACAACGAUUGGCUACUCUUGCUGUCAUGGGGGGGUCAAAAGAAAAAUCUCAGGUUCUCAAUGUUGCUUUUGCUGCUCAAGGGAAGAAUCGAGGAAAGGGUUUCGUUCAGUGCUACAGUUGCAAAGAGAUGGGACACAUAGCUCGCAACUGUACCAAGAAAUUCUGCAACUAUUGCAAGCAAAAUGGACACAUCAUUAAAGAGUGUCCAACAAGGCCAGAAAAUCGAAAAGCACAGGCCUUUCAAGCUACUGUUUCAGGUUCUCAAGUUCUUGGUUCUGCAACAACUAUCACAAAUCAACCCAUUAUGACUCCAGAAAUGGUCCAACAAAUGAUUUGUACUGCAUUUUCUGCUCUUGGACUCCAAGGUCAAGGUAACAGGAUCUCUUCUACUUGGUUUUCUGAUUCUGCAGCAUCUAAUCAUAUGACUGGUUCUCCUAAGCUUUUACAUAACCUUCGGAAGUAUACUGGCACACAAAAUAUUCAGGUUGCUAAUGGCAAUAACAUUCCAAUAACAGCCAUUGGUGAUAUUGGUCCUUCUUUUCGUGAUGUGUUUGUCUCGCCUGAAUUAUCUAGUAACUUGAUUUCUGUUGGACAAUUGGUGGAGGAUGACUGUGAAGUACAUUUUUCUCGAAAUGGUUGUCUUGUGCAGGAUCAAGUGUCGGGGAAGGUGAUAGCGAAGGGGCCUAAAGUUGGAAGAUUAUUUCCAUUGCAGUUUACUGCUCCACAAGCUUUAUGUUUAGCUUCUAUGGUAGUUGAUAAUAAGGCUGAAAUCUGGCAUAAACGAUUAGGCCACCCAAAUGAUGUAAUUUUAUCUCAUUUAAUGAAACAAGGUUUUCUUGGUUCCAAGGAUAAGUGUCUAAAUUCUGGGUUAUCUAAUGGUUGUUCUACUUGCAAACUAGGGAAGAGUAAGAUUUUACCUUUUCCUUCUGAUGGAAGUCGUGCAGAUAGAUGUUUUGAUCUAGUACAUUCUGAUGUUUGGGGCAUUACACCUGUUACCUCACAUGCUCAGUAUAAAUAUUUUGUGACGUUUAUAGAUGACUAUAGUCGCUUCACAUGGAUAUAUUUUCUGCGCACAAAAUCUGAGGUGUUGAAUGCUUUCCAAACUUUUCUGGCUUAUGUUGAGAGGCAAUUUUCGACGUGUAUCAAGGUACUUCGCUCGGAUAAUGGUGGUGAAUAUACAUCACAUGAGUUUCAAUCAUUUUUGCAGCAAAAAGGUAUUAUAUCUCAGCGUUCAUGCCCUUAUACCCCCCAACAAAAUGGGGUAGCUGAACGGAAGAAUCGUCACUUGUUGGAUAUGGUUAGAACAUUAUUGUUGCAAUCUUCAGUUCCGGCUAAAUUUUGGGUAGAAGCUUUGUCCACUGCAGUCUAUUUGAUCAAUCGAUUGCCCUCUCAACAAUUGACUUUUGAUUCACCUUUCUACCGUUUGUUUGGCUUACAUCCUGACUACUCAAAGUUGCAUACUUUUGGCUGCGUUUGUUUUGUUCAUUUGCCUUCUCAUGAGCGUCACAAACUUGCAGCUCAGUCUGUUAGGUGUGCUUUUAUGGGAUAUAGCACUGCUCACAAAGGUUUCUUGUGCUAUGAUGCUGUAGCUCAUCGUAUACGGAUUUCUCGCAAUGUCAUUUUCUUUGAAAAUGAGUUUUAUUUUCAACAACUCAUCUCUCCUUCCAGCAGGGUUAUCCUUCCUAGAUUUGAUGACAACCAUCAAGUUCAACAGCCAACAACUGAGCGUUUUAAACCCGGCAGUUUACCAACGACGCCAUUCUUCUACACAAGUUCAACAUCCUGAUCCAUCUACAUCUAUUCUUCGUAGAUCUUCUCGCAUCAGCAACCCUCCUGAACGGUAUGGUUUUUCUAUAGUUCUAGCUGAUACUAGCGUACCUACUUGUUACUCUCAGGCCAUAACACAAGUAUGCUGGAUAAAGGCUAUGGAAGAGGAACUUCAAGCACUUCAAGAGAAUCAUACUUGGGAUAUCAUUUCUUGUCCUACUGGUAUUAAGCCUAUCGGAUGUAAGUGGGUAUAUUCUCUUAAAUUACGAUCUGAUGGCACGCUUGACAGACAUAAAGCACGAUUGGUAGCUCUUGGGAACAGACAGGAGUAUGGGGUUGACUAUGAGGAGACAUUCGCUCCAGUAGCAAAGAUGACAACUGUGAGGCUUGUUCUAGCUAUUGCUGCUUCUAAGGGCUGGUCGUUGAGGCAAAUGGAUGUUAAGAAUGCUUUUCUACAUGGAGAUCUUAAAGAAGAUAUUUACAUGCUUCCACCACCAGGAUUAUUCUCUACACCAUCUUCUGAUGUUUGUAAGCUUAAGCGUUCACUCUAUGGAUUAAAACAGGCUCCACGUGCUUGGUUUGAUAAGUUUCGAUCUACACUUCUUAGCUUCUCUUUUGUUCAGAGUCGCUAUGAUUCCUCUUUGUUUCUUUGCAAGAGUGCAAAGGGCAUUGUCAUGCUCUUGGUAUACGUUGAUGACAUUGUCAUUACAGGGACAGACACUCAAUUGAUUUCCCAACUUCAAGACCGACUUCAGAGUGCUUUUCAUAUGAAAGACUUGGGUUCUUUACAGUAUUUUUUAGGUCUUGAAGUGCAAUCUACCUCAACCGGCACAUUCCUACACCAGCAUAAAUACAUCGAAGAUUUGGUUGCUUUGGCUGGCCUUCAACAAAGCCGUUCAGUUGAAACUCCAUUGGAAGUCAAUGUCAAAUAUCGACGUGACGAUGGUGAUUUUUUGCCAAAUCCUUCUUUAUAUCGACAACUUGUUGGUAGCCUAAACUAUCUGACUAUUACUCGACCAGAUAUUUCUUUUGCAGUUCAACAAGUUAGUCAGUUUAUGCAAGCACCUACCACUCUUGACUUGGCUGCUGUCCGUCGCAUCAUUCGGUAUCUACAAGGCUCGUCUACUCGUGGUCUUUUCUUCCCAGCCAAUUCUUCCCCACAAUUAGUUGCAUACAGUGAUGCUGAUUGGGCUGGGUGUGCUGAUACGCGACGUUCUGUCACUGGUUGGUGCAUGUUUCUUGGUAACUCUCUUGUUUCUUGGAAAAGCAAGAAACAAGAUCGCGUGUCUAAGUCAUCUACUGAGUCUGAAUAUCGAGCUAUGUCCUCUGCGUGCUCUGAAAUAAUUUGGCUUCGUGGGUUACUAGGAGUGAUGCUCUACUGCGUCAGUUGGAGAGCUUACAUUCUCGUGACUCUCUUGCUCGUAUUGUCAUUGAUGAAGCUCAUUGUGUUAGCCAGUGGGGACAUGAUUUUAGACCAGAUUACCAGGGUCUUGGUAUGUUGAAACAGAAGUUUCCGAACAUACCUGUCUUGGCCUUAACUGCUACUGCUACUAUUAGCGUUAAGGAAGACGUUGUGCAAGCACUAGGUCUGGUAAACUGCAAUGUCUUUCGGCAAAGUUUUAAUCGUCCAAAUUUACGAUAUUCUGUGGUUCCAAAGACAAAGAAGUGCGUGGAAGAGAUUGAUAAGUUUAUCAGAGAGAGUCAUUUGACGAAUGUGGAAUCAUAUACUGUCUAUCGAGAAUGGAUUGUGAAAAAGUUGCUGAAAAGUUACAGGAGUAUGGACACAAAGCAGCCUUUUACCAUGGCAGCAUGGAAUCUGAGCAGCAUGCAAUGGUUCAGAAGCAGUGGAGCAAGGAUGAGAUCAACGUUAUAUGUGCGACCGUGGCAUUCGGGAUGGGUAUUAAUAAGCCUGAUGUUCGGUUUGUCAUUCACCAUUCUCUUCCAAAAUCCAUUGAAGGCUACCAUCAGGAGUGUGGUCGUGCUGGCCGGGAUGGUCUGUCUUCAUCUUGUGUCUUAUACUACAGUUAUAGCGAUUAUAUUCGCGUGAAACACAUGAUUUGUCAAGAAGCUUUCGAGCAAAGUUCCCUAUCGUCAAGCUAUCAUCGUGCAAAUACGGCACCUUCAGGGAGGUUAUUGGAGACAAAUCUGCUACGAAUGGUUAGCUACUGUGAAAAUGAUGUUGAUUGUCGACGUCUCCUACAACUAAUUCAUUUUGGAGAGAAGUUUUAUUCUAUGAACUGCCAGAAAACAUGCAAUAAUUGUUUCAAGAAUCAAAACUAUGUGGAGAAAGAUGUGACUGAGAUCGCAAAGCAGCUGGUCGAAUUAGUAAAGACAACAAACCAGCAGUUUUCAGCUGCUCAUCUCCUGGAGGUGUACAGAGGUUCCUUGAACCAGUUUGUUAGGAAACAUGAGAAGUUGAGCUUGCAUGGAGCUGGAAAACAUUUGGCCAAGGGUGAAGCAUCUCGCGUACUCCGCCAUCUGGUCACUGAAGAUAUCCUGAUUGAAGAUGUGAAGAAAAGUGAUAUGUUUGGAUCUGUGAAUGGACCCAAGGCCAACAAUCUUGUUUCUGGUGUUCAGACAAUUAAACUAAGAUUCCCAGGUGGUGCCAAAGCAUGUAGGUCAAGUCGAUCAGCAGCCGCCACUCCAGCAAAAGUCUCAUUGCCUGUGGAAAAGAAAAGCUUUACGCAGAUGGAUAUUCCAGCAGCCCAACCUCAAUCUGAAGCGAAUUUGGACCUUCCAGCCAAAUUAUAUCUUGCAUUGCGAGCACUUACAACCACCCUUAUCAACGAAGCUGAAGAGAUUGGGAUGGGUGCUCAUCACGUUUUCGCAACUAGCAUAUUUCACAGCAUCUGCAGGGCUAUUCCUAGAACCAAAGACGAGCUCCUAGAAGUCCAAGGCAUCGGAGAUGGCAAGCUCAUGAGAUAUGGUGAUCGUGUCCUGGAAACUAUAGAGGCCACCAUCAGAGAACAUUAUAGGGACAAAAACGGCACCAGCAGUAACGACAGCUCGGAUUCGAGAAAAAGGGGAAAUGACACCAAGGUCUCGAGUGGUACCUCAAAUGACGAUGAUUUUGUCGAGAGCACUGGCCCGACGAGAAAGAGGCUGGCAAAAAACCGGGAUAAAAAUCCUGAGCCGGUUUAUGAUGCAUUUCACGAAUUUGAUGAUAUAGACUUUGAUGACGAUCUGAUUGAAGUUGAGGUCGGCGAGGUGGAUCGGGUGAAAGGCUGCAGGGUCUUGCCUUCAUGGUCUUAAUGGGAAUUGAGAUUGAAGGAGGUUCCAACAACAGUCAAGAACUGCUGGGCCACGAAUGCGUUGAUGGCUCGACCAAAUAGAAAACAUUGAAAUACAAAACGGCACGAACCAAAUACUCGUGGACCUUGAAAAUGAAAACGAGCAAGCUCCUUAGUCCACAACCAGCGUUAGCGAGAAGUCUUAUCCACCACCUGUGGAGGGAAUGAAGUUUGAAUCCUAUGAAGACGCAUACAAUUACUACAACUGCUAUGCAAAAGAGCUUGGAUUUGGCAUUCGAGUCAAAUCCUCGUGGACCAAACGUAACAGCAAGGAGAAGCGUGGGGCCGUGCUGUGCUGCAAUUGUGAGGGUUUCAAGACGCCAAAGGACACAAACAUGAAGAGGAAGGAAACUCGGACUGGAUGCCUGGCCUUGUUAAGGCUGAGGCUGCUCGAGUCCAGCAGAUGGAGAUUAGACGAGGUUAAGUUACAGCACAACCAUUUGUUCGACCACCAGAGGGCACAGAGCUCAAGGUCGCACAAGAAAACAGAGGUCGGGGCCAAAAGAAAACCCGAGCCACCAGCCGCAACCCAUCUCGAAGUCUGCACAAUCAAGCUUUACCGAGCCCCACAUGUCAAUUGCGCGAUUCAUGACGAGAGAAAACCCGAUGGCCACGUAGAUAAAUCGAAACGGUUGAAAUUUAAAAACGGAGAUUUAGAGGCUCUUCACGGCUAUUUUCGGCGGACCCGAAUUUUUUCUACGUUAUGGAUUUUAGCGACGAGGGGUAUUUGCGGAAUGUGUUCUGGAUGGAUUCCCCGGUCGAGGGCUGCGUACGGAUAUUUUGGCGCUAUUCACGACGUGUCUAAAUGCCACAUGGCCUCUAGGGCAUUGAAAAGAUUAAACCAAAUGAAACUUUGCCCAAGGAUAAAAGUAUCUGAAUUAGAAACUUGCCUAAGGAUUAAACAAAACAAACAUUUUUUUGUGUUUCUUUUUUUUUUUUUCGGGCAAUGCUAAAGAACAUAUGACAAAGGAUCACGGUCUUCGUUCAACUAUAAUCGCCAAAUUAUUAUUUUAUAUGUUCAUCUCGUCAGUGUGCGUUAUGGAUCACGCCUA